AUGCCAAAGAGGAGUAAGAUGCUUCUGAUGCUUCUGGUGGUGUUGCUUUGCUGUCCACGCCCUUCUCGGGCAAACGAGGGAGACAAAAAGUUUCAGCUUCAAGCCAUACUGUGCUCGACCCCUGAGUGGUCACUUCUUGAGACUUUGGUGACAGCUCCGUUGGUCGGUAGCUACAACGUUCAGAAUUCUUCUCUUCUCCAGAAGCUCCUCUCCCGUUUCAUCCCCGUCUCUGGGACUCUCGAGGUGCGCGCAGACAGUUCAGCCAAACUCUUCCUCCUUUUCGUCCACUUGCCACUUAUUGCUCCAAUCCCUCGCGCCCCAAUCAAAGUAUACCUGCAGUGA